AUGCAUGUAAAGGAUGUGUGAAUUUGGAUGAACAUAACUUCGAAAAGAUAAUACCAAGGUUUGAAGCUGUUCUAGUCAAAUUCGACGUGGCUUAUCCCUAUGGAGAUAAACAUGAUGUGUUUAAUAAUCUAGCUACUGAUAUAGUUGAUAAUAGGAACUUCAUACUGGGACAAGUUGCUGUAAAAGACUAUGGUGAAAAGGACAAUGAGGAAUUGGCUGAAAAAUAUGGUGUAAACACCAAAGAUGACUUGCCUGCUCUUCGACUAUUUGUCCAAGGUGAAGAUGAGCCCUUCUCUUUUCCAAAAAACAUACCUUGGACCGAUGAGAACCUGAAAAAGUUUGUGAGGGAUCACACAAAUAUUUAUGUAGGGUUACCUGGUUGUCUUGAAGUAUUUGAUAAGUUGGCUAUCAAAUUCAGUAGUUCUCAGGAAAAAAAUAAAAUUCUAAAAGAAGCAGAAGUGGAACUCGGCAAACUUAACAACGAGAGAGAGAUAAAUGUUGCAAAAACUUACGUAAUUUUCAUGAAAAAGGUAAUUGAGAAUGGAAACGCUUUUGUGGCCCAAGAAGUAAAACGAUUGGGAAAAAUAAUUUCUGAAGGAAAAGUGAAUGAAAAGAAGAGGACAGAACUGUCACAUCGUUUGAAUAUUCUGAAAUCAUUCAGUUUGGAUUCUUCAAAAUCAGAACUAUGAUGGAGGUGGAUUUUGUAUCUUUAUUUAGCUGUGUUCAUUGGGUGUUUUGUUUAUUUCUCGGUAUUACAUAGAAAGCGAGUCGUUGCAAUUUGAGCUGAGUGAAAUAAGUACCUUUUCU